CAGAGGACUUCUCGGCUUCCUUGCCCUCGGCGAGCGCGCCCGGAUGGCGAUGCUGUGGGAGACGACCCAGAAGGAGAGGUCGACGGCGACGCGGCGGCCGCGGAGGUACCCCGCGCCCUCGUGCCGCGCGUAGGGCUUCAGGAGGUCCCAGAAGCUGUCCCCCACGCCCAUCCCUCUAUCUCCUUCUCCCGCCGGCGUCGGGCUCGGCUAUGGCGGAGGUUGAAUUCCCAGGGUGCGGGGAGUCGCGCCCGGCCGCCGGCGCUCGUGCGGGACUCGCAGGGCGGCUGCUACUGGGCUGCCUGUGCCGUUGCGGUGGGUUCUCCCUCCGGGUCUCUCCCGUUGACGAGUGGGCCCGUCCUGCCGAUUCCGGUUCGCGACUCUUCGUCUUUGAUUCCCGUCGAGCGGAGCCGCGGACGCCGCCCUACCCGCUUGCGCCGCCACCAUGGGUUGGGAGAUCGACGGAGAGCAGAGAGAGGCCGUUCAGCCUCCGCCGCCGCUGGGAGAGGCCGCCGCCGCUGCUGGGCUCAUCGACGACCUGCAAUCUCCAGUUGUAGGAGCACUGACAUUUGACCAAGAGAACUGUGAUUGGUCGCUGCUGCCUGCUCCAACACCGCCAAAAUCACCAUCAUUGACAGAUGAAACUCCCAGUACACCAAAGAAUGCAUCAAUAGUGAGUACACCAAAGAAUGCAUCAAUAAAGCCAUAUGUUGGAAUGCCUUUUGAGAACAUUCAUGCUGCAGAGAAGUUCUACAAAGAAUAUGCACAUGAUAUUGGUUUCGCAGUUCGUGUUGGGCAACAGAGAAAGGAUAAUGAUAUUGUUCUUUGGAAGCGGUUCAUGUGCUCAAGGCAAGGAUUUAGGGACAAGAAAGAUAAUGCAGUCAAUGCUCCUCCAUCUGAAGGUAAAAAGAAGCGUAACUUUGCUGAAACAAGAUGUGGUUGUGAUGCAUACAUCUAUGUGAAGUUGGAUGCUGAUAAUAGAUACACUAUACAGUCAAUGGUUGAUGAGCACAAUCAUGGUCUUGUCUCACCAGAUAAGCGUCAUUUGCUCAGAUCAAAUCUUUCAGUAAGUGAACGUGCAAAAAACACCCUUUUCAACUGUCACAAAGCAAGCAUGGGUACCUCACAGGCAUAUAGGCUACUUCAUGUUAGCGAGGCAUAUAGGCUAUGAAAUGAAAAUUGUGACCAUAGGUGAUGGAAGAAAGAAAGAUAGAGAUAUUCAUGUAAGUAUGAUGCCAACAUGUUCUUGCAAGUUAUUUCUGUCAAGGGGGAUCCCAUGCCGCCAUAUUAUUCUGGUUUUACGUGGUGAAAAACAAGUAGAGUUACCGGUUGACUACUUCUUGCAAAGAUGGGAGAAAAGGUGCAAAAGGUAUUAGAACACAUUGAACGACAAGAUUCUAGAAUCUAAUGAUCCGGCGAUGAGGAAAAAGAUAGCAAAUGUACUUAAUAAGUUUGAAGACUUAAUAAGAAAAGCCAACAAUUCCGAGGAAGGCAUGGACUUUUUAUUGUCGGGGAUUUCUAACCUUGAGGCACCACUGGAUCAAAUGACAUCGCCUAAUAAACAGUCUAAGCAGAAUGAAUAUGAGGCAUUCAUCGGUUGCCAUAUUCCAAAUGAAAUGACAGUCCAUCCACCAACUGAUAUCUGUUCAAAGGGGAGAAGCAAAAGGAUU